AUGUCAGCUGGGCCUGGACUUGAGUCUCUUGUAGAUCAGACAAUUUCAGUCAUUACAAAUGAUGGACGGAAUAUAGUGGGAGUCCUGAAAGGUUUUGACCAAGCAACAAAUAUAAUUCUUGAUGAGUCCCAUGAACGAGUUUAUUCUACAAAGGAAGGUGUACAACAACUUGUUCUUGGUUUAUACAUCAUCAGGGGUGACAACAUAAGUGUUGUUGGUGAACUGGAUGAAGAUCUGGAUUCUAGUCUGGAUUUAUCAAAACUUAGAGCGCAUCCCUUGAAACCUGUAAUCCAUUGA